AUGGCCGGUCAAUGCACAAAAAAUAACUCAGAAGAGGAGUUCAGAUGGAGCCAAGUUGAGUAUCAAGCUCCGCAAGGGCUUGAUCUUGCUGGCUCUGUGGUUCAAGGUCAGUAUGACUUCGCCUGUUUGACGGGCCCUAGUACAAUAGCAUCAAUGCAUGUACCAGAUUUCAGUGCGUCGGAAGUCUCGAAUGAAGCGCAUGUUCCUGUGAGCCAACAUCGGCAGACACAUCCCCAGGUCUGGGAGGAUCAGAAUGGCCCAUUGCACUCGACAAAUAUGUUGGCUGCUACUGAAGACACCUGUGACCGCCUCAACCAGUAUCUUCACAAAACCGGUACGCCCGAGGAACAAAUUGCAAAGGGUUUUAUGAGCCUUGAAGAAGUAUCAGCGGCUGCGUCUUACAUCGAUGAGAACAGGUUUGAACAUUACGGUGUUGAUAUGGAUGAUUUUAACAUUUUGUGA